CUCAACUGUCAAAUUGAAAUUUGAAUUUUUACUGGCGUUGUAGCAGUCGUAAAAAACACUGUUUAUAUUUGAAAUAUUAAUUACUUACCGCCACGAUGAGUGAAGAAAAAGAGAAGUUAAGUAGUGAUAAAGUACCGGAGAAACUUACAGAAUGGCUACUAGACAUGGGAUGUCCUGCUGAAAAAGUUCCCUCAUUGGACAGUGCAAAACAAAUGUGCAGAGGACAAUACUACAUAGUAUGGAGGAGUCUGAUGGGCGAAGUGGAACCUAAGGCUACCAUCAAGUACAAAAGGAACACAGUGUUCACUGAUGAUGUGCGCAAAUGUCAAGAGAAGAAUGUUCUUCAUGAGUCAAAUGCAAGUGUAAUAGUGCCAGAUGAGUUGUCUGUAUGGUCUCAACACAUGGACCUUAAGCAGAGAGUCUCAGAAGCUGAAGCAAGACUCAUGCAAGCAAAACAAGACCUGCAGUUGCUUAUUGAUAAAGCUUCUAGUAAAUUGGCACAGCGUAAUUUGGCAGUCCAUCAAGUGCAGGACGUCGAACGCCGCGUAUUACUCCUACAGAAGUAUCUAGAACACCUCCAAACUAAGAAGUCUGAUCUUCAAGAUAUCAUGGUUAUUGCCAAAUCAUUGUCGUGUCAUGAAGAAAAUGGUGAUGUAAAAAGCAAGUUGGACAAGUGUGUGAGUGCGAUGCGUCGCGUGGCUCUAGACCUCCGCCGUGCUCUACCUCGCUGCUGUCGGCCGCGAAUCCCGUCGCUUGCUCGUCGGUUGCCUCCGUCAAUAGUGAUAAUGAUUGUGCCUACAGCUAAAGAACAAGUGUCGUCGCUGGUGCGGUGUGGCGGCGAUGCGGUCUGGGGGCAGCUGCAUCAGCGGCGUGCGGGACUCUGCCUGGCGCUUUCGCACGCAUGCGCCAUGGAACCAGCCAACAGCAACAGAGUUAGCGCAAAAUCGAUAGUGGCGCACAGUGCCGCGCUGCACUGCACCAUAGCGCUUGAGGCGAUGAAGAACAAAGCGCUCAUCAGGCAAGCUAGGCAACGCCUGGCUGCUGCGGUCACACAACUCAAUGAUCACCUGUCAGGCGACGCGUGCGAGUACCUGGUGGUGAACUGCGAGCGCGCUGGUGCGCAGGCGCGGGUGGAGUCGGUGCGGCGCGCGCUGCAGGAGCUGCGCGCGCACGUGGCGUGUUCGCUGCGGCGGGGCCGCGCGCGGACGGACGCGCUAGCAGGCGCACCAUCGCCGCCGUCGACAAGGCUAUUCAAAAAAGAAGAUUUGAAGAGAUCAAUGCAGUCGCUCGCUACGUUGGAGAGGAAGAUAUUUAACGUGCGAGACUGUCUCCGGACUGUGAUCAACUGCAUUCAAAAUAGAGUGAAUCCGGCGGAUAUGGAACGGUUUAGAAAUUACAUAGUGUUGCCGCAAGAUCCAAUAACAACACUACAACAGUUCUACGAAGAGAGACGCAUUAACCAAAAGAAAAUGGAACUGAGUUUAGACAUGGACAUAUCUGGCAACAACUCCGCUAUAGAUUCAACAGAUGAUGAUAAUUCGAAGUUAGUUGACGAGCUCAAAAUAUAUUUGGAUAAAUUCAGCUUGGAGAAGAACAGAAAGCUGGUCUUGGAAAGUGGCGACAAAAUCUGGACAUUCGAAACGCUGGAGUCAUCCCUACAGCGCCUCCACAGAACAUGGCUAUCACAAGACUUGCCGGGCACUGUGGUCUGUCCGUCUGUCAGUCUAGCGAGCAAUUUACUCGCUCUGGAGAGCUGCGCGCGCAUGAGGAACGAGCUAGAACUCAUGUUGCAACGAGAUGAUGGAGAAAAGAAGUUUAUCAGUUUUGAUUUUACAUCACAAAAAACAGAAGAAAACGAAGUCACAGAUAAAAUCAAGAAACGUCUCAACGAAAACAUAGUGAAUUUGCACAAAGUAAAUCGAACCUUGGACCUCGGUGCGGAGAACUUGAAGUUCUGGGCCGCCAAUGAUAUGAAGAAUUACAUUAAUAGUAACAGAACUAUGGAUGGGAAGACUUUUAAGGAAUUCGAAAAAUAUUAUUUAGAUUGUCUAAGGUUAUAAUGUACAUAUUCCCUUAAAAGAGGAUAAGUUUUAUUAUUUUUUUUACGGCUCUGGAUGCAAAUCCUUUAACGAGACCAAUAAUGGCCGUUUUAAGUGAACGAACGCAAUCUUAAUCUCUGAUCCGAUUACGAGAAUGAACCAAUGAAUAUACGUCAUUUGUAAGCUUGUCAAAAACUUUGUUCUCAUUGGUCGAUUCACGAUGGAUAGAAAGCGAUCCGGUUUGUUUGUUGAAAUGGCGGUGAAUGAUAAAUAUAUUAAUAAUCGGAUAGUCCCGAAAACUGAAAAAUUACAAUAG